CGCUGGAAAGUUGCAGUUAGCAUUUGACCGCCUCGUAACAUUGUGAUACACCGAAGAAAUGGUCUAUAAGCUCGCCCUCUUCGCUCUCCUCGCGACCAACGCCAGGGCGGGAAUCGUCUCCCUGGGUCACGUGGGCGACGAAGGACCCUUCCACGAUGCCCAUUCUGCCUUCGGCCAUAGCCAUAGCCACGCCACGUCGUUCACCCACUUUCACGGCCCCGUCGAAGGCCCCGUAUACGAGGUCAAGGUCCCCUACGUUCCCGACCACGACGAGCACGCCCACCUCCACGGGCAGCACCACCAGGACCACGGAUACACCCUGGACUACGUCGCUCAACCUAAGUACGAAUUCUCCUACGGGGUGGAGGACCAUCACACGGGGGAUAUCCACGGGCAGAAGGAGUCACGUGACGGUAAAACGGUAAAAGGCGAGUACAGCAUCCACGAACCCGGCGGCAACAUCAGGACUGUGAAGUACCACGCGGACAAGGACGGUUUUCACGCGGUUGUCCACAAUUCCGGAAGUAACGAUCACUCCAGCGGAGUUUACGGCGGUCAGGGGGCUCACGAGGUUCACGAGGUUCACGGGGUUCACGGGGCUCGGGAAGAGCAUCAUAACCUGGACCUGGGUCACGCAACGCCGGUCCACGAGGAGCACCAGCUCCAGGAAUACGCGGUGUUCCCGAGUCAGGAGGUGCACACUUCCGGUCUCGGUGCCGCGGGAUAUCCCUGAGAGAAACCGCUGAAAGCGUCGUCGGCGGCUUUGAACACCGAAACACACAUGUACCUGGAUCGUUUAA